AUGUAAUCAUAAAGUUAAGUUCCACUAUAAAUAGAACAUUAUAUUAUAGGUAAAACUUUAGGUGUAGGUAGGGCUAUUAAAAUUAUCAAUAAGAAAAAGAUGAAGAAUUCAAGAAUGGAACCUAAAAUUAGAAGAGAGAUAUGACUAUU